AGAACGAUCAGAAGGACACAGAGACAGAGGUGAGGAAGAUGGCAGAGCGAUUAGAAGCCCUCCAAGCGGAAGUACAAGAGAAAGAACACAUCAUCCAAAGCCUGGAGUCAACCGCUACGUCUACACUGGAGGCUCGGCACACAACUAUUAGUGAGCUGGACACUCUAAGGCGUGAGCUGCAAGACGCGCAAACACAGCACCUGGAGGAGACGGCCUACCAACAGCAAACGAUACGAAACUUGAAGAAGAAGAUGGUAGAUCUCAAACGCACCCUCAGCAAGCAUGUGCGUGCUUCUACCAAUCAGAAUGGCGUAAAUUAUCCGGAUCUGCCCGGCACGGACUCGGCGGGGUCGCUGAACUACCCAGCCUCACCACAGAUGCGCGGUCCAAACGACGACACAUACUCACCUGUCUACAAACCACAAACCCCACGACAUGACAACGACGACCAAAUAGAUCGAACAGCCACCCCCGACGCGCCUGAUGUCAUGUACCUGAAGAACGUUAUCCUUAAGUUCUUGACGGCUAGAAGUGUUGAGCGGAAGCAAUUAGUGCCGGUGCUGGCUACCAUCCUGAACUUCUCGGCCAACGAGUCACAGCUGGCGCGAUCAUCGCUGGAGAAGAAAUGGUUCUCGACAUAAGGACAUCAAUAGGUUAACGCGAUUGAAAUAGAUAUAUAAUUUAGGAAUAACUGGCAACAUAUGUAGUUGGUAGUACACGUACGAGUGUCUGUCAGUAGAAAUGUUAUCGAUUAAAAUACUGUUGGGGGGGCCUUGUGACCUGCCCGUAGGUUCCUCUCCGCCAGCAAGCGUCUGUGUACGCUGAGGCGGUAGAGGGACUAACUAUACCUACACAGA